ACCGCCUUCCAGGGGGCGUUCCCGCUCCGGAGUCGACUCGGGUCGGUUCAGCUGCGGCUCCAGUAGAAACACGGACACCGUCACCGCCGGUGCUGCUCGCUGGAUGCGGACGAGCAUGUUCCGAACCCAAAGCCCCUGUGACCGCAGGCUCGUCUAGGCUGCGUGAGGUCUGCGCCGCGCCCGUGGUGCGUUCAGGGUCCGUCCUCUUUGUUCGGCCGAGUCCGUGUCAUCAUGGAUCAGCUGCAGAAGGAGCCCAGGUCCGACGACGAGGCCGCCUAUGAGGACGAGGAGCUGGACCCCAGAAUCCAGGGGGAGUUGGAGAAACUCAACCAGUCCACUGACAACAUCAACAGAUGUGAGCUGGAGCUGGAGGACACGAGGCAGAAGUUCCGCUCGGUUCUGGUGGAGGCCACGGUGAAGCUGGAUGAGCAGGUGAAGAAGAUGGGCAAAGCGGUGGAGGAGUCCAAGCCGUACUGGGAGGCCCGGCGCCUGGCCCGGCAGGCGCAGCUGGAGGCGCAGAAGGCCACGCAGGACUUCCACAGAGCCACCGAGGUUCUGCGUGCGGCCAAGGAGACCAUCUCGCUGGCCGAGCAGAGGCUCCUGGAGGAGGACACCCGCCAGUUUGACUCUGCCUGGCAGGAGAUGCUGAACCACGCCACCCAGCGGGUGAUGGAGGCAGAACACACCAAGACGAGAAGCGAGCUGAUGCACAAGGAGACGGCAGCCAAAUACACGGAGGCGACGGGCCGCAUGAAACAGCUGGAGAAGAAACUCAAACGCACCAUCAGCAAGUCCAAGCCCUACUUUGAGAUGAAGGCGAAGUACUAUCUGCAGCUGGAGAACCUGAAAAAGAACGUGGACGAGCACCAGGCCAGGCUGUCUCAGGCCAAAGCCGAUUACAAGGCGGCGCUCAGGAGCCUGGAGAUGAUCUCCGACGAGAUCCACGAGCGGCGCCGGAGCUCGGCCAUGGGCCCGCGUGGGCGCGGCGUGGGCGCCGAGGGCGACGGCGCCGACGGCGGCGUGGGCGACGGCGCCGAGGGCGACGGCGCCAGCUUUAAGCUGGACUCGGAUGAAGUUUCCAUGGCGUCUGUGUGUUUCGACGAUGAGGCCUGCGUCGGCGGCAGCAUCAUGUCUGAAGACGACUCAGAGACUCGCUCCACCUGCAGCCUGGGUUCGACUCCCAGCAGCCCUCAGGAGCUCCUGUCGCCCUGCACCUUCACCAGCUCCUCGUCCUGCGCGUCGUCCUCCCCGUCUCCCUCGCCCUCCCCCUCCUCCCCCUCCUCCCCCUCCUCCCCGCCUCCUCGCUCCAGGCCCUGCAGCCUGGACCUUCCCAGCACCGUGUCGCUGUCUGACUUCGGCCUCAUCUCGCCGGUGCUCGGGCCUCGCAGCGAGUGCAGCGGAGCGUCUUCGCCCGAGUGCGACCUGGAGAGAGGCGAUCGGGCAGAAGGCGCUGAGGCCGAUCUGGACAACGCUGCCACGAGCGCAACCAACAACAACCGCUCGGCCGCCGCUUUGAGGAAGAGCUUCAGUCUGGAGGCUCGUUUCAGCUUCCUGAACCUGCGCCGGCCGCGCUCCAACAACACGGACAGCUGCUCCCAGAAGGCCGUGGUCCUGGUCAAAGGAGUCUGAGGAGGCGACACCGACCGGCCCACUCAGAACCACCGAACCGUUCUGGCUGCUGUAGCUGCAGCUGCACUGCUCCAAACCCCAUGACGGAGGCUUUGAAUGUCACGGCCGCCUGUGCAAAUGUAGCUGCAUCCUGGCAGCUGUGACUUCAGCUCCUCAUGAAAAACUCUGCACCUUUGGACUCUUGAACCCGACAAAGAGCAAGUGUGUUUAAAUGUCUUAGUGAAGGGCGUGCGUGUGUGUGUGUGUGUGUGUGUGUGUGUGUGUGUGUGCGCACCUUUAGCUACGUAGAUGCUACAUCUCCAGGUGAUCAGCUGUUAAUCAGCUGAAAGCUUCACAUCUCAUUCUGUUAUUAUUGUCAGUAAUUCUGCUCCGUAAGCUUUUUAUUGUUACAGUUGAAAUCCUGAAGACACAUUAACUGUGUUAAAAAUAAAAGUUAAACUGUGUAAAUUCA